GGUUUCAAAGUGCAACAACACGCAAACCCUUCAAAUCAAAAAAUACAGCUUCCUCUCCCUCCUUACCUAUCUCUGCCUCUCUAAGCAACAUUUUUCCCAACAAUCUUCAAGAGGAGCUUGCUAGCUGGCUCCUCCAUUGAUAUAAGAGGAUUAUACAGAGAGAAACCAGCUUGUCUAAAGAGUUCUUCUCACUGAAACGGAUCACAAAAGCCGAGAAAUGGCUGGAAAUGAUUGGAUAAAUGGGUACUUGGAAGCUAUUUUAGAUGUGGGAAGCAGUCUAAGGAAAAGAAAUGAUGGAAAGUUGAAGAUUGCUAGGUUUGAAGAGAGCAAGGAAAAGGAAGACAAGUCUUUUAGUCCUACUAAAUACUUUGUGGAAGAAGUUAUUAAUAGCUUUGAUGAGUCUGAUCUCCACAGGACAUGGGUCAAGGUGAUAGCAACAAGGAAUACUCGUGAACGCAGCAACAGGCUUGAGAAUAUGUGCUGGAGAAUUUGGCAUCUUGCCCGUAAAAAGAAAAAGAUAGCAUGGGAUGAUGCACAAAGACUUGCUAGAAGACGGCUGGAGCGAGAGCAAGGGCGUAAUGAUGCUGCAGAUGAUCUUUCUGAACUAUCUGAGGGGGAGAAGGAAAAGGGUGAUAGCAACCCUUCAGAACCUGUCAGGGACUUCACCAGAAUUAACUCAGAGAUGCAAAUAUGGUCUGAUGAAGAGAAGCCUAGGCGCCUAUACAUUGUGCUAAUCAGUAUACAUGGUCUGGUGCGUGGAGAAAAUAUGGAACUUGGAAGGGAUUCCGAUACUGGGGGUCAGGUAAAAUAUGUUGUUGAACUUGCUCGAGCUCUUGCCAAUACAAAAGGAGUCUAUCGUGUAGAUCUCUUGACCAGACAAAUCAGCUCCCCUGAUGUAGACUCCAGCUAUGGUGAGCCCAUUGAGAUGCUGUCAUGCCCACCUGAUGGCAGUGGAAGUUGUGGAGCCUACAUAGUCCGCAUUCCUUGUGGUCCCCGCAACAAGUACAUACCAAAAGAAUCACUCUGGCCUUACAUACCUGAAUUUGUAGAUGGAGCCUUAAGCCAUAUUGUCAACAUGGCUAGAGCCCUAGGGGAACAAGUUAAUGGGGGAAAGCCUACUUGGCCAUAUGUAAUUCAUGGUCACUAUGCUGAUGCUGGGGAGGUGGCAUCGCAUCUGUCCGGAGCCUUGAAUGUGCCAAUGGUGCUAACCGGACACUCUCUGGGGAGGAACAAGUUUGAGCAAUUGCUUAAGCAAGGAAGGCUUUCUAGGGAAGACAUAAAUGCAACCUACAAGAUAAUGAGGAGGAUUGAAGCAGAAGAGUUGGGGUUGGAUGCUUCUGAGAUGGUGGUAACCAGCACAAAGCAAGAGAUUGAAGAGCAAUGGGGCUUGUAUGAUGGGUUUGAUCUCAAGUUGGAAAGAAAGCUUAGGGUUAGAAGACGCCGAGGAGUAAGUUGCCUGGGAAGAAAUAUGCCGAGGAUGGUGGUUAUACCUCCAGGCAUGGACUUCAGCUACGUAACAAAACAAGAUUCAUUGGAAGGUGAUCUCAAGUCAUUAAUUGGCUCCGACAGAACUCAAACUAAGAGGAAUCUGCCUCCAAUAUGGUCUGAGGUAAUGCGUUUUUUCACAAAUCCUCAUAAACCUACAAUACUUGCAUUGUCCCGUCCUGACCCAAAGAAAAAUGUCACCACAUUGCUCAAGGCUUUUGGGGAGUGCCAGCGCCUCCGAGAGCUAGCCAAUCUGACUCUAAUACUUGGUAACAGAGAUGACAUUGAAGAGAUGUCUAACAGUAGCUCAGUUGUUCUUACAACCGUGCUCAAGCUCAUUGACAAGUAUGAUUUGUAUGGUCAAGUUGCUUACCCCAAGCAUCACAAGCAAUCUGAAGUUCCUGACAUUUAUCGUCUGGCUGCAAAAACAAAGGGAGUUUUCAUCAAUCCAGCUCUGGUGGAACCAUUUGGUCUCACACUUAUAGAGGCAGCUGCAUAUGGUUUACCUGUUGUUGCUACAAAAAAUGGUGGACCAGUGGACAUUUUGAAGGCUCUUAACAAUGGCCUACUAGUGGACCCUCAUGAUCAAAAAGCAAUAGCAGAUGCACUUCUGAAGCUUGUUGCCGACAAAAACCUCUGGACUGAAUGCCGAAAAAAUGGUUUAAAAAACAUUCACCGCUUUUCUUGGCCAGAACAUUGCCGUAACUAUCUCUCCCAUGUUGAACACUGCAGGAACCGCCACCCAACAAGCCGUCUUGAGAUCACACCAAUUCCUGAAGAGCCAAUGAGCGACUCUCUAAAGGAUGUGGAGGACUUAUCUUUAAGAUUCUCCAUUGAAGGAGAUCCCAAGCUUAAUGGAGAGCUAGAUGCAGCAACUAGACAGAAGAAACUAAUUGAAGCCAUUACCCAAGCUGCUUCAUCCAAUGGUAAUGCAAGUGUUACUUAUAGUCCUGGCAGAAGGCAGAUGCUAUUUGUGAUAGCUGCUGAUUGUUAUGACUGUAAUGGGAAAAGCACAGUGAACUUCCAAGAAAUUAUCAAGAAUGUGAUGAAAGCUGCUGGAUUAUGCCUAGGGUUGGGCAGGAUAGGCUUUGUACUGUUGACUGGCUCAAGUUUACGGGAGACAAUGGAAGCUUUAAAAUCUUGCCCAGUGAAUAUAGAAGACUUUGAUGCAAUAAUAUGUAAUAGUGGAAGUGAGAUGUACUAUCCAUGGAGAGACAUGGUGGCUGAUUUGGACUAUGAAGCCCAUGUAGGGUACAGGUGGCCUGGAGAGAAUGUUAGGUCUAUGGCAAUUAGGCUAGCUAAGUUAGAAGAUGGGACUGAAGAUGAUGUCCUCGAGUAUGUUCAGACAAGUGGUUCUAGGAGCUAUUCUUAUAUCAUCAAACCAGGAGCCAAGACUCGAAAGGUUGAUGAAAUCCGGCAAAGGCUUCGAAUGAGAGGCUUUCGAUGCAACCUUGUCUACACACGUGCAGCAUCAAGGUUAAAUGUGAUCCCAUUAUUCGCAUCAAGGAAACAAGCCCUAAGGUAUCUAUCAGUUAAGUGGGGAAUUGAUCUUUCCAAAAUAUUUGUCUUUGUUGGGGAAAAAGGGGACACAGAUUAUGAAGAACUACUGGCCGGCCUCCAUAAGACCAUUAUUAUGAGAGGCUCCGUGGGGUAUGGAAGUGAGAAGCUUCUUCGCAGUCAAGACAGCUUUAAAAGAGAAGAUAUUGUCCCCCAAGAAAGCCCUAGCCUAGGCUUUGUGGAGGAGAAUUAUGAAGUUCAUGACCUCUCAGCAGCUUUAGAGGCUCUAGGGAUCAAGUGAUCUUUAUUCAUAAAUAACCUUUUCUUUUUGUAACAGUUAUCUAUGCAUAUACUUUUACAGGUAAUGCAAAAGCAAAAAUACAUUUACUAUUGUA